AUGUCAGCAAUCGCAUUCCGAGAAGCGCUUCAGCCGUCGUCUCGCUCCUCCUCGGAAUCGCUCACGUACACCCCGACUACAUCUCCCUUCAUUCUACACCCUGAGCGAUUUGCACAGCACCCGUCCGCCUGUCGCUUACUUCUGUCUCAGCACACUCACCACCCCUCCCCACCAUACCAACAAACUGCCCGUAAAUCCACCGGAGGUAAAGCUCCUCGUAAGCAACUCGCUGCCAAGGCCGCCCGUAAGUCGGCGCCCGCUACUGGCGGUGUCAAGAAGCCUCACCGAUACAAACCCGGUACCGUCGCUCUUCGUGAAAUCCGAAGAUACCAGAAGUCGACCGAGCUCCUCAUUCGUAAACUCCCAUUCCAACGUCUCGUUCGAGAAAUUGCUCAGGAUUUCAAGACUGAUCUCCGAUUCCAGUCUUCCGCAAUUGGGGCGUUACAGGAAUCCGCUGAGGCCUACCUUGUAUCCUUGUUCGAAGACACCAACUUGGCUGCCAUUCAUGCUAAGCGUGUGACUAUCCAACCCAAGGAUAUCCAACUUGCUCGUCGCCUCCGCGGUGAACGAUCAUGA